AUGGUUUCUUCAGAGGAAGUUCCAGAUGAAGUUUCUCCUAAGCAGUUGCAGAAAAGACACAGCCCGGAUGGUGGGACUGACAUAACACAACAGAUCCAUGAUGGUGGAGGUCAUGCUUCACAACAAGAAGGAAUCCCUCGUUCAAAUGCCCCUGAGAAAGCAUUGGAGAAUACUGGGGGGCGUAUAUUGCAGCUAGACAAAGAAGGAAGUGUUUCUUCUAUAACACCACGGAAAGUCUCACAUACCCCUGGCAGUGAUCACCAUUCCUUGCAAUCUGGUCAGGAAGGAAGGAUUCCUUCUAUCAUGCGGGAAAAAGUGUCAGAGGAUGGGUAUCACUGGCGAAAAUAUGGGCAGAAACUUGUUAAAGGAAAUGAAUUUAUACGAAGCUAUUACAAAUGUACACAUCCAAGUUGUCAAGUGAAAAAACAAUUGGAAUGUUCACAUGAUGGGAAGCUUGCUGACAUUGUUUAUCUUGGUGAGCAUGAGCAUCCCAAACCUCAGCUUAACCUCCCACAAUCAGUUGGUUCCGUCCAGUCCGCUGUUGAAGAAAAACAUGAUAAUCUUUUAUUGACUGGUAUUGAAGAAAGUCAUGCACCCCAUCCGAUCGAUUCAACAAAUACCUCUCAGAUUUCUACUGUUACAUCCAGUGAGGAUGCGAAACAUGUGCUAUCAGAGCCAAAUAGGAUAAGGGAUGAGGUUGAUGAUGAUGUUGAUCAACGCUCAAAACGACAGAAGAAAGGUACCAGUAGUGAUGAGUCUACUCCUGUAGAUAAGCCAACUGGUGAGCCACGUCUUGUCAUUCAAACAAAAAGUGAGGUUGAUAUUGUCAAUGAUGGGUUUCGUUGGCGUAAAUACGGGCAGAAAUUGGUUAAAGGCAAUCCAAAUCCCAGGAGCUACUACAGGUGUUCGAGUCCUGGAUGUCCAGUUAAGAAACAUGUAGAGAGGGCAUCUCAUGACCCAAAAUUGGUUUUAACCAGUUAUGAGGGUCAACAUGAUCAUGACAUGCCUCCUUCGAGGACUAUUACUCAUAACACAACUGGUCUCAACACUUGUACCACCACCAUCCAGAAUGGCGAGUCAGGUGCAAAAUCAGGAGAAAGUGAUGCCAAACCUCUUGACAUGGUUGCUUAUAAUAGCUUGGAUUCCAACAUCAGAUCGGGGGAGAAACUGUAUUCUGAGUCAAGAAACAAACUUCAGGAAAGUAAUUCAGGCCAGGAAAGUAAAUCAAACGAGCAGCAGAAUAGCAAGCCAAGUGCCACGAAAUUAAGUGGUGCUGCUAACCUUGACAUUGUUGUCAAUACGAACAUCGUGGUACCAGGUAGAUCAACUGAGCAACACGAUGGUGAGUCAAGAAUUGAAUCAAAAGAGAACAGUGCUGCUUGUGGGGUUCGGACUAUUACUCCAGGUCCAGAGAGUAAUCCAAAUGAACAGCACAUACUAAAUCCAGAGCCUGUCCAAAGCUAA